AACAGAGGUUCAUCUACAGAUAUAUGUCUAACAAGCUCAUGAACGAUGUGCACCGUUCUUCAAAUAUUACUAAUUUGGCUUUCAGAGGCCCGAACGGUGACUUCUAAUGUCAUUCUAUGAUCGCCUAUAGAGCUCCAAUUCCAGAGACAUUGUGAGACGCUCACAUAUACCUCGUAGAGGCCAUCUCAGGGUCCAGAAGCUGAUCGUGAGGCGAGUCACGAAUCACCUACCAAGUAUGCACACAAGACGCCCGCAUGCACUCUACGGCUUUGUGACUGCCACCCCUGUCCGCUCCAGAUGUUUGUUUACCUCUUCACCCCAUUCACUCUUCCCGACCCUCCCUCGUCUCCCAGCCUCUAUACGCCGUUUCGGACAUAAACAAGAUGCUUCGACGAUGUGAUGUUGAAGGCUGCAGAAGUCUUGCCGAACAGAGCAAUGGAAGUUGUAUGAUAUGCGCGGCUCACUUGUGCGCUGACCAUGUCCGCUCGGAACUGCACACCUGUCCAACCUACCAAGACGAUGAUCCAACCGCAUACUAUGCCGCGUAUGGCGCAGCUAAGAAGCGGCACCUUGAAGUCUUAUUGGCCAAGGUCAACGUUGAGGCUCUCGAGUCUGCAGCCAGCAAAGCUCGACAGGGACUUUCUUGCCAGACUACAGCUCUUUCCAGCCCAUCCACCCGAGUCUAUUUGACUUCUUCCCCAAUGCGGCGGCCAAAACUGCCAUGUAGACGUCGAGCUCGUCGAUGGCGUGACAUGGCUCGCGCGCAUCCGCCUCGACGACCUCCUCCUCCCACCAGCCGGCUUCCAGGCGAGCGUGUUCUUGAGCGAGGUAGCAACACUGGAGUUCUUGGCCAACACGCAAGUGCCGGCACCGCACGUGUCUGCCUACGAGCCGGCGUCCCUGGCGAAUGCCGUGGGUACGUCGUAUGUCCUGAUGGAGAAGCUUGCGGGCAAGCCGCCGGACUGGAACCGGGCCACGGCGGAGCAGCGGGCCCGCGUCAUGGAGGGGCUGGCCAACGUGUACCUGGAGCUCGAGAAGCACCCCAUCCCGCUGUCUGGGUCUCUCGUCCCGGGAAUCGAUGGCCAGGUCACAGUCGGUGCCUUUGCCCAGGUGCCCUGGUUCGAAACCCCGGAGCAGGCGUUAGCCCCUUCGGCACACUCGAGGCAUCGUACAUAGCUAUAGUCCGCCACCACCUGCGGAUGCUGGCCAGCCUUGAGUUGGGCAACAACUUGCUGGUGGACAACUAUCUCACCUUUCUCUGGCGUUUGAGCGCUCUGCCGCAGCUAGUCGCCGACUCGACUUCACGGGCGGGGCCCUUCUACCUCAAGCACUGCGACGACAAAGGCGACCAUAUCCUCGUGCAUGAUGAGCACAAUAUCACGGGCAUCAUUGACUGGGAGUUUUCUUCUGCUGAGGCGAAGGAGCUCGCGUUCAGCUCGCCCCCCAUGGUGUGGCCGGUGCGCGAUUUCUACGACGGAAGCAACGCCCUGGCCGAGGACGAGGUGCGCUUCACGGACAUCUUCGAGCAACGUGGGCGUGGAUAUCUCGGCAAGAUGGUUCGGGGAGGACGUCCGUGGCAGCGAUAUCUCUUCUUCUUGGGCGGUGGGAACUCCCGGGAAAUGAUCGACCUGGAACAGCUUUUCCAAGGCUUGCGGAAGAGUAUGCCAGCUAGAGAGAAUAAUGCGGCCGCCAUCUCUUCGUAUCCAGAUUGGAAACAGGUCCCACUGGCCGGAUUUGCCAAGCAGGAUGCCCAGCUUCUGGCUUUGUUACGGGAUGAGCGGGCAAAGGGCGAAGGAUCAAGCAAGUGACGGGUUUGGGCGGUUGCACUGUACGGACUUUCAUUCAAGCCUUACUUACACACCGUCAUUGAGUGUAAUUAUUCAUUACAUGCACAUUUCGUCAAGGCUGUCAAGAGUCAGUAUUACACAUAGAACACAUACACAUGGGUGAGAACCUAACUUAGUUCAGCACACACAUAUUAGAG